UCUGAAAGCAUGCGCCUAACGUACUCGCAAAAUUCCCGUGUAUAUCCUUUGAUAGGCUGUUAUAAUGUCGGAAACACCUGCUAUUGCGGCUAGAGAUGAUGGGGUUCGCGAACAUCCGAAGCGUCGACAUAAGCGUACUCGAACUGGCUGUGAACGAUGUCGCGCACAACACCGCAAGUGCGACGAAGAAAAACCACAGUGCCGGCGCUGCGCCGAUUCAGGGGUUGCGUGCAAGUAUAUUGCGCGUGUGUCCUUUCUGGAGAAGAACUCUCGUACACUACCGGGCUCUACUUCUUCGAGGCCUUCGUUAACUGUAGCGACGCGUGAAUAUCCUGCCUUGGAAUUUGUCGUUAACAAGGAUUCUUCUAUCGAAAGGAGUGCUUCUGGUUCACCCUCUACUUCGACAGUGAUGAACCACACUGGACAGCCCCGAAGAGAGGAUGCUGACAUUGAAGACCCCUCGGAAUCACGACCAGUAUUCCUAAUGGCCUAUUCACAAGCUCAGCAAGAUAAGAACAAUAAUUUACAACAGAAAGGUAUCAAGAACCCAAAAAAUGCAUGGCCCCUAGCCGGACGUAGUUCGCUUUCGGAUGAUGAAGUCGAUCUUCUGAAAUACUAUAGCCAUCACGUUGCCCCUUGGCUGGACGUAUAUGACCAAGCUCAAACAUUUGGUCAUCUCUUUACCCGUCUAGCAAUGGUUUCACCUUGCGUGCUGGACGGAAUACUUCAAAUUUCGGCAACAUUCUCAGGCCGUCCGACAGAAAUGAUACAACGCCGUGGCGUCGGCGCUCUUCACCUUCAGGCCCUUUCAAAUCCAUGCAGCGCAGAAACUGGGCUUUUGGACCUUCGGCUUAUGGCUGGUUUUGCGCUGACGAGGACACGCCUUUUCGUCCAGGAUGUGCCCGAGACGUGGCAGCCGACAUUCUAUAAGGGCGGAAGCUCUUUUCGUCCUGAUAAACUCAGCUCGGUCGAUUCAAGUGAGGUGCGAAUAUGGUCCAGCUCCCUGGCCCUCAUUUCGAGAAUGGAAAUUGCAUAUUACCUCAUAAAUCAGACAUCCCCUGACCGGAUUACCUAUUAUAUACAUCGGUUACUUCGUCUGGCAAAGAAACAUAUCGAUACCGAUAGUCAAUCUCAUGAAGCUUUAUAUGCUUCUAUCCAUUGUCUCGAGAUUCUUACAGAUGUGAUGAAUCUCUGCCUUCCGAUAUCAGAAGCGGAAGAUUAUGUGGCAUCGUCCGAAGCUGUGGUUUUGCCCUUAGUCGGAGCAUCUCGGGUCGCGAAAUGGAAAGAACUUCUGAACGAACUACGGAAGUGGCAGAUGAACCGUCCCCCGGAGCUCGAGCAGCUGAUAGAAGUCGAGGGCCGCGAGGCCGCAUUUCCCGUUGUCAUAUUUGCCGGCGGUGCUGGCGUCUCGUCGAAUACUCUCUACCAUACCGCUAUGCUCUUGCUACUUGGCAACAGGCCACAAUCUAUAUCACUCGCCGAAUUACAUAGAAAUUCAGAGCUAGACGUGGCACAGAUGUCACCUUUCUGGCACGCGCGACGUGUGUGCGGCAUUGCGUUGAAUAGUGAACCAGAACAUACACAUUGCUGGGACCCGUGUAUGAUAGCGGCUUUCGCGCUUGCAGCAAGGCGAAUGACACACCCAGCACAACAAAAUGAUAUAGUGGCAUGUCUGAGUCGUGUUAAAGCGGCAGGCUGGCAUAUCGAUAGCCUAGUUCAGAGGUUGCGUGACGAAUGGGGUCCUGUUGGUUGAUGCCAGCACUUUUUCAGCUAG